GUGCGCGCGGAGCAGCCGUCGCGGGGCCUCGCCGCGGCCUCCAGCGCCCGAGUCACGGGGAAUGCAGUGGCCCCCGACCCCUGGCGCCUCUGCGUGUCUGGGCUGGGCCUCCUCGCUCGCCUCCUCCACGGCCGCGACGCUCCUAGGCCGAGCCGGCCCGGGCCCCCUCAUGGCGGCCAAGUGGUUCAAGGAGUUCCCCCUGAACCUGAAGACCGUGUCGGAGCGGGCCAAGCCCGGGGGCGGCGGCGGCAAACUGCGCAAGAACUCGGAGGCGGGCGGCGCUGGGCCGGGUCCUGGCAAGGGCCGCAAGAACUCGGCGGCCGAGCUGGGGAGCGGCAGGGCCGGCGUCGGCCCCAAGGACAGCCGGCUGUCCCGCGACAGCCUGCAGGGUCUGAUUCAGGCCGCCGCGGGCAAGGGCCGCAAAAACUCCCGGGCCACAGAGGAGGAGCCCCACCGGGGUGCGACCAAGAGCUCUGGCUGCAGCACCUACAUCAACAGGCUCAUCAAGGUGGACACUCAGGAGAAGAACGGGAAGAGCAACUAUCCCAGUAGCAGUAGCUCCAGCUCCAGCUCCUCUUCCUCCGCGUCCUCUUCCCCUUCCUCCCUGGGGCCAGAGCUGGACAAGAGCAAGAUUAUUAAGCAGCAAGACACGGUCAUCAUUUUAGAAGACUAUGCUGACCCUUAUGACGCCAAACGGACGAAGGGUCAAAGGGAUGCAGAGAGAGUUGGAGAGAACGACGGUUACAUGGAACCAUAUGAUGCACAACAAAUGAUAACAGAAAUUAGACGACGGGGUUCCAAAGAUCCCCUGGUGAAGGCUCUCCAGCUGCUUGACAGUCCCUGUGAACCUGCAGAGGGUGGCCUGAAGUCAGAGACCUUGGCCAAAAGACGGAGUUCCAAGGACCUCCUGGGGAAGCCGCCACAGCUGUACGACACUCCCUACGAGCCUGCAGAAGGGGGGCCCAGGGCAGAGGGGAAGGCACGGCCCCCUGACAGCCGGCUGCCCGAGAAUGACGAGCGGCCCGCGGCUGAGUAUGAGCAGCCGUGGGAGUGGAAGAAGGAGCAGAUCGUGCGGGCUCUGUCAGUCCAGUUUGAAGGAGCUGAGCGACCUUCCGUCAGGGAGGAGACAGUGAGGCAGCACCACCGGCAGAAGAGCUGGACCCAGAAGAUCCUGAAGCCAGCCCUCUCGGACCACAGUGAGGGGGAGAAAGUGGACCCGGGCCUGCCCCUGGAGAAGCAGCCCUGGUAUCAUGGUGCCAUCAGCCGUGCUGAGGCUGAGAGUCGACUACAGCCCUGCAAAGAAGCUGGUUACCUGGUUCGAAAUAGUGAAUCAGGGAACAGCAGGUACUCCAUUGCCCUAAAAAAUCACCAUCUGCUCUCCCAAGUUCUUCUGGAAAGAGCACCGUAACCAUGUCAUCCUAACAGCGAUGCCAUGAAGAAAGGGAGGCAACUCCCUCCAUGUCCUGGCUCCAGUGCCCACUCCUGUGUCCCCUCCACGGCCCACACAGCCUGGCCACCUGGGUGACAUCUGGUGCCUGUGUCACUUUCUGCAAGACAAGGACCAGCCUCAAAGAGGAGAGCAUGUUGUUCUGAAGGAGAUGGUGGCUGCCAUCACCUGUCCUGUGGCUUUCCUCUGACUGCCCAGGUGGGGGCCCAGUGGCGGCGCCUCUCACUCCAGUGGAGUUACAUAAUUUCCAGGCUUCCCUGCAGUUUUCUCCUCCCCAUCCCUGAACUGUUUACACAGCAGCUCUCACCCACAGAGAGUCCGUGUGAUGGCUUUUCCUCUGUUUGGAAGAUGUGGAUGGCUGUGUCCCAAGUUUUUCCUACCUAAGAUCCUUUUCAGUAGGGGAUGGAUUCGGCCUAUCUGAUGAUCAAGAGAUCAGGGUGGCCUUUGUGAUACUGUUAUGCCCGCUCCCAGGUCCAAUAAACAGUCUUCUGACAAA